UCCAUGACGACCAGCAGGGGGCCGGCGGUAGCAGCAUGCUAGCGGAUACUGCUGCUGCAACACGGAUUCAUGAACUACAUUCACACCACACAUUGUGACACUUCCAUUUGAGACAUGUCUCAGGUUGAGAAGAAAGCAGGGUUGCUGAGGAGGACAUCCUCAUCUAAGAAACCUCUGAAAGAGAAGGUGGUUCUCAUGUAUGAUGAGAUUUUUGCAAAAGAAGACCCGGCCAAAAAUAACCCUCGCUUCUGGGAUGAGCUGUUUCUUAUGAAGGUGAACCUAGAAUACCUGGAGUCCAAGUUGGAAAGUAUAGAUGGGGAGGAAGUCCAGUGUAUUCAAGACAACAUCAAUUCCCUGUUUCACCACUGUGUUCAGGCUCUUGGAGAAGAACAUCAGAUCAAAGUGGUCAAUGCCCUGCAGACUCUCUGUGCACUUUUUCGAGGGGUUCACCAGAAGAACAAGUCAGCGUCUGGCUUUGACAUUAUCAACAUGCUCAUGGGGUUUGACAAGGCUGAGCAAAGGAUGAAGGACUUGAUGGAGAGAUUGGACAGCCUUCUUUGUGGAGACGGCUCAGAGAGUCUCAAGAGCCUCUGCCUCAAACUGUUGCUGUGUUUGGUGACGGUAACAGACAACAUUAGUCAGAACACCAUACUGGAGUAUGUAAUGAUUAAUAGCAUAUUUGAGGCCAUCCUACAAAUUCUUUCAGAUGUAUCCAGUAGAGGGCAGCAUGGUUAUGAUGCUGUGGUACUUCUGGCCCUUCUUGUCAACUAUAGAAAAUAUGAGUCUGUGAACCCAUACAUUGUGAAACUCUCCAUUGUGGAUGAUGAGCCUACUUUAGAUGGAAUGGGAAUGGUCGUUCAUCAAGCGCUGACAGAAUAUAACAGACAGUACAAAGAUAAAGAGGAGGAGAACCAGGGGGGAUUCUUCUCCACCCUUACGAGCAUGGUGGGCAGCAUGUUUAUAGCAGAUGUUGAUGAGAAGCUGUCUGUACAGACUAACGAGGCUAUUCUGUUGGCACUUUAUGAGGCUGUGCACCUAAACAGAAACUUCAUCACUGUAUUGGCGCAGAGCCACCCUGAGAUUGACAUUGCAGCCACACCCGUCAACGCUCCUCCAACCACUCCAACAACUCCACUUGGCACAACUCCACCCUCUCUAGACAUGAUGAACAACCCAGAACUGCCUUUGGAUCCUAAUCUGCAGACCAGCAACCUUCUCAUUACGUUCCUCAAGUACGCUUCCAUUGUAAUGCAAGACACUAAAGAUGAACACCGACUCAACAGUGCCAGACUGUGCCUGAUCAUCCUCACUUGCAUAGCUGAGGACCAGUAUGCUGAUGCCUUUCUUCACGAUGACAAUAUGAACUUCAGAGUUACUCUCCACAGAAUGCCCAUGCGACACAGGAAAAAAGCAAUGGGCAAAAACAUCCCUUCAAGGCCUCUGGUUUGUGCAGUUCUAGACCUGAUGGUGGAGUUCAUCGUCACUCACAUGAUGAAAGAUUUCCCCUUUGAUUUGUACUUGCGCUGUGUGCAAAUCAUCCACAAACUACUCUGUUACCAGAAGAAAUGCAGAAUCCGGUUACACUACACCUGGAGGGAGCUUUGGUCAGCUCUCAUCAACUUGCUGAAGUUCCUGCUGUCAAAUGAGACCACGCUGCUGGCCAAGCACAACAUCUUUCAUCUGGCCUUACUGGUGGUGAACCUGUUUAACAUGUUCAUAACGUACGGUGACACCUUCCUGCCCACCUCCAACAGCUACGAUGAGCUGUACUACGAAAUCGUACGAAUGCACCAAGUCUUUGACAACCUCUACUGUAUGGUUUUAAGAGUAUCUACCAACACAGGCCAGUGGAAGGAGCCAGCCAGCAAGGUCACACAUGCCCUGGUCAAUAUUAGGGCCAUUGUCAACCAUUUUAAUCCCAAGAUUGAGUCGUAUGCUGCUGUGAACCACAUCUCCCAGUUGUCAGAAGAACAGGUUUUGGAGGUGGUACGGUCCAACUACGACACACUGACCCUUAAACUCCAGGAUGGUCUGGACCAGUUUGAGAGAUACUCGGAGCAGCCGAAAGAAGCUGCUUUCUUCAAGGAGUUGGUGCGCUCCAUCAGUCUGAACGUGAGGAAGAACGUCUCCCUGAACACGCUGAGCCAGGACGUGCUGCUCAAGGAGUUCUCCACCAUCUCCUGAGAGACACAGCCGGCCUUCACCUCUCUUCAGAUUGAUCUUUUCGUGCGUGUGGAUAUGUGCACACACUUUCACAUGAACAACUCCAACAUCAACCAGUGUCGUCUUCGGAUGUUCUCUUCACAAAUCAUCUCGACUCCUCAUCCUCCGCCUCCCGUGAACUGACCAAUGGAAACUUGCUCUGCAGAGUGGAACACGAUGGUUGCACUGAGGAAAGAUCUGAAAACUAGACUUCCCCCCCGGUGGUCGACCAUGUGCGUGGCGGUCUAAGGAAGUGUUCGUUAUGGGCUGGUUCUUCAUGUGCAACCAGCAGCAUCGGCUGGACUCUUAACAGACACAUGAACGCUCUGAUCUAAGAUAUUAAUACUAAGUAUUUCAGUCUUCUGGUGUCAAACUAAUCACAUUUCAUUGAUUUAUUUCUGGGAUUUACAGAGGGUUUAAGCUUUGAUUACAUCUUUCCUAACAUCAUUGAUACAGAGUCUUUUUUUUAAUUUGUUGACUCUGGUCCUCCGCAAGAGCUUUUAGUCUUUAUUUGGGUCUGAAUGUUUUUUUUUUUUUGUGUGAAUGUUAAAUUAAUUCUCUAAUUGUUCUAAGAAAAAUUAAAGUAUUUCGUAUUUACAUGUUUGCGGAGUAAAACAUUUUAGUAAAUAAGUUGAGGAUGCUUUGAAGUGAUUAAAAACCUUUACGUUGGUGUUGCAGACCCUGAGACCAGAUCCCAUGUAAACAGCCCCCCUCUUCACCGCACACGUCAUUUCUUCUUACAUGAACAAAUUAAUCUGAAUGUUUCUGAGAUGAGCUGUAGUUCAAAAGUCUCCUCGGUGUCACUGCUCGUGUCUCAGGCACUUAUGAAGGCAGUUUAAAAAGAAAGAGAUCCUUACAUCUAGUUUAUAAACUCAGGAAAACUCCUGGGGUUAUUCUCUUCGUCUCUCCGUGGAAAGCAGAUUGGAUUAUACAGCUUCAUGAAUCCUAGGAGCUUUCUGUGGCCUCCAACUCCUGAAGGUGUAUUUAUGUUUCUUUUUUAAAUAAAGGUUUUUUUCCUACUCAAA